CGUGAAUGUGGAGGCGGGGCUUCCAGACUUGGCACUGCGAGCCCAGCGAGAGUUCUCGGGAGUAAAUUAAUGGUUAUGUGUCAUCUCUCUGCAGUCGUGUAGCGCUCGAGCGCAUUGCUCGGUGACUUCUCGUCAGAUCUGUGAAGGUGUCCGACGUUUCUCUGGCAUUAUUUCCGGCAGAGGAUUGAAAAGCGGCCAAAACUAAACGGGCUGAUCGCAGGAUGGGUGCUGGAGACGGGUUUCGUGCCCCGGCGGCGGUGAUCUCUGCUGGGCUACUGAGUGUGCUGGGCCUCUCGUGGUUCUGGAGCUUGCUGGCUCUUUUAGGAGUUUAUUUAUGUUCUGGAGGAUGGAGGUUUCUCUAUGUGGCUGCAUGCACCAUCAAGAGAGACCUUGUUGGUCUGUGCAUACUGUUGCGUGUGAAAUUCUUCAUGCAUCAUUACAUUCGUAUGCGCAGCACCGUCCCGUCCAUAUUCGCCCAGCGCGUGGCGCUCCACCCGGACAAAGCGGCUCUGGUGGAGGAGUCCACGGGCGAGGUGUGGAGCUUCUCUGAGCUGGACCGGCGCUCGAACGCGGUGGCGCAGUGGGCCGUGGCGCAGGGCUGGAGGUCUGGAGACGUGGUGGCCGUCUUCAUGGAGAGCCGGCCGCUCAUGGUCGCGCUGUGGCUCGGUCUGGCUAAAGUGGGCGUGGAGCCGGCGCUCAUCAAUUUUAACCUGCGACGCGAUUCGCUGAUGCACUGCAUGGGCGUGUCUGGAGCGCGAGGGAUGGUGUUCGGGGCGGAGCUUCUGGACGCGGUGUUGGAGGUGAAGGAGUCUCUCAGCUCUCUUUCUCUCUUCUGUACCGGUUCAUCUCCGGUCGAGUCUCUGGAUUCGCUGUCGGCUCAGAAUCUGGAUGAUCUGCUGCACAUGUUUCUCGUCUCAGACAGGUUAUUUUACAUCUACACCUCAGGAACGACGGGUUUACCUAAAGCUGCCAUCAUAGUUCACAGCAGGUACUAUCGCAUCGCUUCGUUUGGAUAUUACUCCUUCGGUCUGGGGCCAGAUGAUGUGGUUUACUGUUGCCUGCCGCUCUAUCACUCCGCAGGUAACAUCGUGGGUGUGGGUCAGUGUGUGCUGCACGGUCUGACGGUGGUGAUCCGCAGAAAGUUCUCCGCUAGCCGUUUCUGGGACGACUGUGUGAAAUACAACUGCACGGUGGUCCAGUACAUCGGUGAAAUCUGCCGAUAUCUGUUAUCUCAGCCAGUCCGUCCGUCCGAGUCUUGUCACCAGGUGCGUGUUGCCAUGGGCAACGGUCUGCGGCCCAACGUCUGGGAAGAUUUUAUGAAACGUUUCAACAUCAAGCGCAUCGGUGAGUUUUACGGAGCCACUGAGUGCAACUGCAGCCUCGCCAACAUGGACAACAAGGUGGGGGCGUGUGGCUUCAACAGUGUGAUUCUGCCCAGUGUUUAUCCUAUCAGACUGCUGAGAGCAGAUGAGGACUCAAUGGAGUUAAUACGGGACAGUCGAGGACUGUGUGUCCCAUGCAAACCUGGAGAACCAGGGAUUAUCGUUGGCCGAAUCAAUCCACAUGAUCCGUUACGUCGUUUUGAUGGCUACGCGAAUCAAAUACAACACAGGCUCAAUAAUCUCCAGAUCAUGAUACAGCGAUGUCAACGCAUGUGUUUGAAGAUGUUUAAAGACAUUAAAGUGUGUGUUUGUGAAGCUGUAGGUUGUCACUGCAGCUGUACUCUGUCUUAUUCAUCAGGUGUGGAGGGGAAGGCAGGAAUGGCUGCCAUAGUGGACGUGAUGAAUGACUUCAACUGUGAGACGUUUCUACGAGAUGUGCAGAACGCUCUUCCCUCAUACGCUCGCCCCGUCUUCUUACGACUUUCACCCGAGGUCGACAAAACAGGCACAUUUAAAAUCCAAAAGACUCGUUUACAGAAGGAGGGAUUCGACCCACGGCAAACCAGCGACCGGCUUUACUUUCUCCACAGCCGUCUGGCGCGAUACGAGAGUCUGACGGAGGAGCUCUACAGCGCCAUCAUGCAGGGAAAAUUAUCACUAUAAGAAAAAGAGAGCCUUUAUCGUGUACAUUUCAUAGUGCACUGAUACACAUUAUUUUACAAAAUCAUCUAAAUAACUGGGCUGCAAUCAAGCUCAUACUUGUCACACUGUUGAGUUAGUAGUUAAGCCUUUUACAUUGAUGGUAGAAAAAGUACCUUAUUUCAGUUCAAGCACAUCAGUAAUGGCUUCUGGAAAUGAAAUUCGUUUUAUUUUUACAAGCUUCGGAUAUGUUAGAGAUUUCUAAUUAGAAGAAAUUGACUCAUUUUAGUAGUUGAACUAAACAUAAAGGUGCUUUACAUGACUUUUUUUUCAUAAUAGAGUGCAUAAAAUGUCUCUACUGCCUGAUGGAUAUCACUGAAAUAGGUUUAAUGAGGUAAAUGCGCUACUGUAAAGGACAAUAAAUGAGUCAGGGUAUCAGUGUGUGAUUAUCUAGUCGGUCAGAAGACUAGUUAAACAGUUGUGCUCUCGGUCUGUUUUGGGGUUUGCUGGUUUUGGAGAGGUUUUCACAUUCAGCUGGCUUUGAGAACAGACAGAUUUCUCCAGGUUUUAUUGGCUUACAGCACUUUUAAUGUUGUCAGCACUGUGAUAUUGAGACGUCUCUAUGAUUUCAGUCUUUAUAUAUUCAAUUCAGAAAGGUAAUAGUAAUAGUAUUACACAUGAACAGUAUGCAAAACAUCUCAAAUCACACACAUUACAUUUUACAAUUUCAAUGUUAAAAGCAACGACUUCUGAGAAACGUAGUUUUUUAGUAAAAUUAAGUGUAUUGAAUCAAAAUGUUUUGAUGUGACAUAAUCAUUAACCAUUAGCAAAUCAGAUUGAUGUUUUGGCUAUUUUACCUUCACUUGAAUGCAGUUUUCUUAACAAUUUUAAUAAAUUUAACAUAACAAUUGUACACCAUUAAGUUCAUGAGCAUGUUUUUUUUUUCAGCUUUAGAUAAUCAUAAUAGAACAAAGUGAUGUGAAUUCUUCUCUUACUCUCAUUAUCAUAGAAACACUAGUUAUAGUUCAUCCAGAAAUGUAAAUGUCGUUACAAACCUCUAUGGACUUACUUUCCUCCCUAGAACACAAAAGAAGAUAUUUUAAAGACUUUGACUUCCAUUAUGGGUGAACUAUCCCUUUAACAAAUUACCAAAUGUUGAAAGUAUAACAAAUGAUAUAGGUCAUCAUAUGUAUAAAGGCCGUCCAAACAGAGGCUGUUAAAUCUCACAGAGAGACACAGAACAGUCUGAUUGAAGC